CUCGGCUGGGAGAAGGUGGAGCUGCUCAGCUAAGCUGGGCCGCCGCCGCCGCGAGUGGAGACGCUGCAGCUGCCGCCGCAACUCCCGGGGCCAUGGAGGAGCCGUUUCACCCCCAUAACGACGAGAUGACCUUCAAUGCUGAAGAAGCCCACAAUAUUAUUAAAGAUUGCAUUGAAGGUGUUCUGGGCAAGGCAGAUUACAGUCAUGAACAUGUCAACCAGUGGACUGCAGCUAUAGUGGAGCAAUCUUUAACACAUCUGGUAAAACUAGGGAAAACCUACAAAUAUAUUGUAACUUGUGCAGUGAUGCAGAAGUGUGGAGCUGGUCUGCAUACAGCAAGUUCAUGUUUUUGGGAUACCACAACUGAUGGUACCUGCACAGUCCGAUGGGAGAACCGAACUAUGAACUGCGUCGUCAAUGUCUUUGCUGUAGCCAUUCUUUUGUAGCAAACCAGACAAGCCAUGCUAACUUACACCAAAGCCUUUAAGAGCAGAAACUAUCAAAUCCUCAGAGCACAUUGUGAGCAUAGUUAGAUACUAAUACGUGUAUGCACUGGAGAAGAAAGCAGGAAGUGUACUUUUAAAAGGUUCCGCACAACCUACAUAUGCACAUAUGUAUCUAUUAUAGUAAAGCAAAAUAUUCAGUUUAGCCAUCUGGCAGCUUGCUAAAGACAGCUAUUUUAAAAAGAUGAUGAUGUUUUAAGCAUUCCAGGACAGUGAGUACCCCUUUUAUUCCCUCCUACCAAGUAGUGAUAUAACAGUCACUUGAAAAUGAAAAUAUGCAUGUUUGCACCAAAUUACCUUUGGCACUUCAUAUACAAGGAGUUAAAAGAAAUGUAUAAGUAUGGGGAAGAGAAUAUUAUAUAUAAAAUCUAAGAAACGAACAGUACCUAAGUUAAUGUUUUAAAAUGGUGGCUUUCAAAUUGUGUCCUAGGGAACCUCAGGAAGCUAAGUAGCAGUGGUUCCUCAGUACAGUGCCAGACAAAUUUUUACAAUCCGGGGUUUUAAGGGACCGUUUUGUGUGCUGGGCCACAUUUGGUUCAUGCAAGGUAAUGGCAACAUUCAGCUGGGAUACUGGGUUGUGCCUCAUGUGAAUUGAGCAAACACACUGAGACAUGCUGUAGCCUGAAGGGCAGAUGCCAAAGGCAUACAGAAAAAACAGUAGGAAAGUGAAACCAGUAAGUUUGAAAUCCACCACUUUAUUACAAUUUAUAAUAUAUGCUACACAGCUUUCAAUAUAUAUCAAGCAGGGUAAAAAAGCAGAAACGAAUGGAAUGCACUUUAAAACUGUCUUCUGUUUAUGAGAAAAAUAUCUGUAGAUGCCAAAGUUCAAAAGGCACAGAUUUAUUUAAUAUUGCUUGUGAUAUAUAGUAUAUUUAAUAGUGCUUGCAGUGUAUAAUGUAUCAAGCAGGGUAAAAGAGCAGAAAAAGUUUUAAAGCUUGUUUUUCUAAUUUUUGGGCACAACAUAUCUAGAGGCCAAAGCAUCCAUUUUCUUUAUAGAGGACUUGACUUCUGUGGGUGAAUGUAGUUGCCAAGCUGGAAGCUACUGCCAGCAGCGCUUAGUUUUGGACAAUUCUUACUGCUAUAAUUCAUAAGAAUUCAAUUUCACUAUAUUAGGAAAAUCUGCACUCUUUGCUUCAGCUGCUGGAAGCUCAAUCGAAAUAUGAUGCACAAACAAAUAUGUGGUAAAGAUGAAUGGUCAGCAGAAGAUCACAAACCAUAUGCUAAUGUUAGGGUGCCUUGAGAGGCAAAUGCGCAUGCUGAGUUAUAUAGGACUGGGAUAGAAAAGUUUAGGAAAAUCUUUUAUGAUAAUCAAGGCAGGAAUCGUUCAUAAAGGGCCAGCCUUUGGUCCUUCAGAUACUUGAGCAGGGUUGUGCCUUAGUUAUUCAAAUAUAUGUAUAACAAUAAACCCUCGUACCUCUGUUUUGGAAAUAUACACAGGUGGGGUGGAGAAUUGUUUCUACACAUAGGAAAUGGCCUUAUGGCAGGCCAGAGCAUUGGUCCAUGUAGCUCAAUGGCCCACAGUGCUUUCUGUGCUUUCAGGCAAGGUUCUUCCUGCAGUGGUUGUUGAUGCUUGGGAGCAAAUCUUCUACCUUCUGCACGCAAGGCACAUGAUCUGCCACUGGACUUGACCUCUCUCCAGUAUCUUGUAGAGCACCUACAAAAGAAACAUGCAUUAUUUGCAGAAUAACUGUCUACAAUAAUACGAACACUUGGGAAUAAGUCCCCCUGAAUUUGGUAGGACUUGAUUCCUUACAACAUGAAUAAGGUUAAAUAAUCAUUUUUUAUGCCUGGGCCUUUGUUUACGUGCCACCAGUUAAGUAAGACUACUGUCCUUUGGUUGCACAAGAACAGAUUCCAUUGGGUGCAGUGGAAAUUACUUCUGAGUAAAACAUACAUAGAAUUGGCAGCAUAUUAUAAUUUUUCCAAAAGCUACAACUAAAAAAAAAAAAAAUCAGUUAAAUUGUUAAUUCCGUUAACCUGAAAUUUAAACAUCUUUGCAAUUUGCUUGCUAAUUCAAGGUCUUACUUUUACAAUAGCUCAUAUAAAAAUGGUGUCAUUUUGCUGUUAUGUUUUUAGAAUGUGAAACCAUACUGUUGCAUUUUGGCCUUUAGUAAUCACUGAGGACACAGUCCUAUGCUUGUUGAGACCUCAAACAGUCCUUCAGUUCCCAGCAUGUCUCGGCAAGACAUUCUAGAAGUUAAAGGAUCUUUUUAUUAUCAAACAAGCAUAUGAUUGAGUCCUAAACAUAACAUGGAACUGCUACAUGAUGUUUUGCAUUGUGUGUUAAGAAAUGGUUUUGAUCAUUGGAAUGAUUUUGUUUGAAUUGCUGUAGCAUUAUCAUUUUAAAGCACCAAAGGUUUAAUUUUUGUUGUUGCCUAUUUAACCUGAUAGCAGCUGAAAUUGUUCUUUGUGAAGUUCAGUUACAGCCAUGGAUUCAGAAUUGGCACCUUUUCUAGGCAUAGACUAUUCAUCUUUUUCCUAAAGUAGCAAAAAAGCAGUCCUGAAGAUGCAGCUAUUCUUAUUUAUGAGAGGUGGAGACACAGUAGAAUAAUAAUUUCAUUGAAUGGGGAGGAUCAGGAUAAUGCAGCUUUCAGAAACACCAUGACAAGAAAAUACUGGCAAUGAUACAAUCUUUUUCAGUACACAUUUGCUUCCAUAAAUGAGAUGUUUGUUAAUAGCUAUUGUAUUUCAAGAUAUGUUAUGCUAUAAAGAUAAGUUAUUUCAAGAUAAAUAACUUUAUACAGAGUGAAAAUAUACUAUUACUAUAGUAAGAUUGUACCAGAGAUUAUGUGGUAUUUAUUUGUUUCAAAAUAGCUUCGUUUUGGUUUUGAAUAAAAAGUAAGGUGUCUGCUUUA